AUGCGAGAUCUAGCAGCAAUCCGGAAGUUACUAGAGGAAGAAGAAGAAGAAGUCUGCCCUAGCUGCGAAAUGCCUUUCGACAAAGGUAAAAAGAGGAAGCUGAUCGACUCGUGCGGGCACGAACGAUGCUACUCCUGCAUGUUCAAGAACGAACAGUGCCCACUCUGCCCUCCUGUGGAGCCCAACGGACCAGCCAAGAAGCUCCAGGCGAACCCUCAGGAACAGAGGAUCCUCUCUCAGAGGCCACAGGUGAAGACCAACGGCCACUUCACCUCCUAUAUGCAGGUCAGUUGCUCAAUUGCAUUCCCAUCUGCACUUGCUUGGGGAGACAAUGGCCUACUUCCUCUCGAGUAUCUAUCAGGUCGACUGCACACUCCUGGGGCAGCCGCUGUAGCAGAUCUUUACGAGGUGGCAACUGCAAGGAAUGAACCACUGAGGGAAUGGUCACCCAGUAGGUUGCCGAAACCAGGGAAAGAUUCAUGCAAUCACCCUGGGAAUGUGAUGACUCAGAGUUGUCCAACACCACCUCAAGGCAGGAAGAAAUUCUUUCUUAGCCCAAAAACCUUACGGAAUCAUUGGGGUCUUAGAAGUUCUUCAAGAGUUCCAUCUGAUAAUGCUCUUUCAGAUGAUGAAGGUGGAACAAUCAGGCCAGUCUGUCAACCGAGAAAGAAUCAGCAAGAUUUGUAUAUGAGGCUUGGUCUACUUCUUGGAGAAAAUGCCCGACAUGGUCCUAAAGCAUCAAACAGGAGUUCAAGAAGCCAUGACUCUAUCUCUUCUUUGGCUAGCCUUGAAGCAAACACCCUUGCUUCAACGAAUACCAGUCCUGUUUCUACUUUGACUGGUUCGUCAGAAGCAGAUCAACAUCGGAACUUGAAAGAACCUUCCUCUGAUAGUGUAGGUUCUCUAAUGUCCAUGUCUGGUCAAAGCAAUUGCUCUUCAAGUCCGCUUCAAAGAAGGCAUUCCCUCACAACUUCACACCCUGGGAGACUGCAAGAGCUGAACGCUUUCAAAAACAGGAAACAGUCAAUAAGGAGAUCGGCCAGGUCUGGAUCGGUUAAGGGACCAAUUGACCCACGAGUGAGGUUUGCCGAGUAUAGAAACCAACAGCUUCCCUUGAAACCUCUGUUUUUUGAGGUUCCUGUUCAGGAAUCUGAUCCCAUGUUUGUAGGCCGAGACAGCAUCGUUCGAGAAAUUGAAAACUGUCUUGCCACAUCACUGCCUGGUGUUCUAAUAUCAGGACAUCCAGGAACUGGAAAAACAGCUCUCAUGCUGCAACUAGUAGAAUAUAGCUGCUUUGGCAGACGUAAACAAGAUAUCCAUAUUUACAAUGGAAAAGAUAGGCCAAGCCCAAGCUCAAGUGUUUCACAAAGCAUUUACUGCCAAGUUAAUCUAGUCUCUGAAAGAAUUCAACAUCUCGCAUCCCAUGUAGUUGCUUAUCAUUUUUGUCAGGCAUAUCUAUCCUUGAAGGAAUGUAUAGUUGACCCAGCUGGAGCAUGGAGACGUGGGGUAAUGGAACCGUUAUGUGCUUUAAGACGUGUUGGCAAGAUCAGUGGACGGGCUGUUAUACUCGUUGAUGGACUGUGUGAGGCAGAAUACCAUCGACCAGAUCAUGGGGAUACCAUAGCAGCAUUCAUAGCACGACAUGCCCAUGCUGCUCCACAAUGGCUGAAAUUUGUUUUAACAGUUCGCACCCACAUGGAUGAAGUGAUGCCAACAAUGCCUUUUCAGCGCCUUAGUCUGGAUGUGACCAGCUCUCAGAGUGAAACUCUCCAAAAAGAUCUCCUCGACUACAUGAAUUACAGAGUGAGCCACAGCCCAAGUAUACAAAGUAACAUAAUAUCUGGGGCUGCAGGUCAAUUCCGCCUCUGUCAACACCUUGCUGGUUUAGCCAAGGGCUCAAUGCUCUUUGCUAAGCUGUCAUUAGAUCUCAUCGAGAGGGGUCAUCUCGUUGCCAAGUCAACAAGUUAUAAAGUCCUUCCAGUUUCGCCAAUUAUCAGUGUUUGCCUGGCUGCAUUAUACCCUUUAACUCUUCUUGAAAUUUAUUAUUCCGUUAAUGCCCUAAAUACUACUGACUUUUUGUCUUGGGAAGAUUUCCUGGAAAGAUUCAAGAUGUUAUCUGGAGUUCUUGUUAAGCGAAUGGACAACACUUACAUGUUUUUUCAUCCCUCCUUCAGGGAGUGGCUAAUUAGAAGAGAUGAAGGAGAAAGCAACAAAUUUCUUAUUGAUCUCAGAGUUGGUCAUGCCGGGAUUGUGUUCAGGCUAUCCCGACUCCAAGCCCCUUUAGAUGCAGAAAAAACGCUUGAAUUAGGCCAUCACAUACUAAAAGCUCAUAUCUAUAAGAACAUGACUCUCCAAAGGAACCCAUCACGGGAUCUUCAAGCUCAUUGGGUUGCUACCGUCUCUGCAGAUGUUUCAGUUGCUGUUUCUUGUUUAAGAAAUAUAUAUAGCCCAAAUAUUCUGGUUUCCCGAUUGUUAUUAUUGGCAGGAGCUAACCCUGAUCACAAGACUGAUCUCCUUGGAAAUGCUAGUGCACUGUGCCUUUUUGCUCACGAAGGUGUGGUAGAUAUGGUAUCACUACUCCUUGAGUUCGGAGCUGAUGUAAACUCAACUAAUAGCCAGGGCUGUACCCCUUUAUCUCUUGCUGCCAUUAAAGGUCAUAUGCAAGUAGUAGUACAGCUUGUUUCUGCUGGUGCUAUCCUCGGCCGUACUGAUACUGCUGGCAGAUGUGCUCUCGUUCAUGCUGCAAGAAAUGGUCAUCUGAAUAUUGUAUCUUAUUUGAUCUCCAGUGAUUGGAUGCUAGAAAACGUAAAGCUUGAAGUAGACCUCUGUGAAGCAUUGCAACAAUCAUUAGUUGCUGCUGCUGCACAAGGACAUGUUGAAAUUGUGGAAUACUUGCUGGAUUUACCUGAAGUAAAACCAGAUUCAUUGGACAGCUUGUCUGGGGAAACUGCUCUAUGUGCUGCUGCUGCAAAUGGUUGUACAGCUGUUUGUUCAGCACUAGUCGGCAGAGGAGCCAAUAGGUCUGCCGUAAACAGAAAGAAAAUGGCUCCACUCAUGCUGACGGUGAAGGAAGGACAUUGGGGUACCGCUGAGAGGCUUCUUCAGCUGCAAGCCCCACUAGAACAGACUGACCUACAGGGAAAGACAGCCUUGAUGAUAGCUGCAACUGAAGGCCAUGUUGCUCUUAUUGAUCUCUUACUCGAUAAAGGUGCUGAUAUUGGAAGGACCGAUGAAGAAGGCACUUCUUCCUUGGGAUGGGCAUGCCAGAAAGGAAAACUUCAAGCUGUCCAAUGCCUCCUCGAUCGAGGAGCUGAGGUUAAUCAAGUUGACAAGUCUGGGAAAGUUCCUCUGGAUCAUGCGGCAACACAGGGUAAUCCAGCAAUCGUUCAGCUUUUACUGGAAAGAGGUGCAAUGUUAGAACAUGUUGACAUGAAUGGGGUGAGACCUCUUGAUAGAGCUAUAAUAAUUGUCCUGCUCAACAAGCUCCUUGAAGAUGGAAAUGUCCUAUACCGAAAAAAUAGACUUCAAGAGGCAGCUCAUCGAUACAGCUAUGCUCUAAACAAAUUUCCACCACUGGAAACUCUUGACUCAACAUUUAGGCAACUUCGUUUAAAUUUCCUGCUGAAUCAUUCACGGUGUAAACGAAAAAUGAAUAAACCUAUAGAAGCUAUUGAAUUGGCUACACAAGUAUUAAAACAAAAACCUGAUUGUUAUGAAGCAUACUAUGCAAGAGCUAAAGCCAGAAUAGAUUUAAGGAAUUAUGAAGAAGCAGAGAAGGAUAUACAAGAAGCUCUUCUUCUUUUACCGCCACAAAACAAAGACAUAAGAAAGAUUUUACUUAGCCUUCGUGAUGAAAUUAAAGUUGGACAUAGAACCGCCUCAGUAGAUACUCUUGACCAAUCUACUACCAGUCUGUAA